AUGUCAAAGAUACGUUACAAGACCUUAGCAACAGAUGAAAAUUAUGACACUGAGGAGCCUUGUCAUCCUACAGUCCGGUCAUCUACCAGUUUUUGCUCUCUUCUGACCUUUGGGUGGAUGAAUAGUAUUUUCAAAACUGGAAGCAAGAGACCGCUGAAUCAGGCAGACUUUUUGCCGCUACACGAGAAUGACAGAACACGUGACCUGACGGAGCAACUUCAGAAAGAAUGGAAUGACCAGGUAGAGGAAUGUAAUAGCGAGGCCACGGAUGGAAAGAAACCCACACUCUGGAAAUGUGUCUUGAGAAUGCUUCCUUGGAGGGAGAUUGUCUUGCUAAUGAACUUUUGGCUCAUGGAAUCCUUGUUUCGCAUUUCUCAGCCCCUCGUUCUGGGUUUACUCAUCCAUUUGUUGAGCUCGACUGAGAAGCCGGAUCAUGCUCUUGUAUACGUUUUCUGUUUUCUCUUAGCAAUGGGUGGAUUGUCCACCGCCUGUACACAUUAUUCCGCCUACAGAUUUGAGUUGCUUGGUAUGAGGCUCAGCAGUGCUCUGAAAGGAAUAAUUUACUUAAAGGUGAGCUUGUAUAUAUGUGUUUUGAGACUACUGCAAAGCUGAUAACAACGUGUAUUGAUUUUUAAACAAUAUUUAGGCUAGUACUAAGUAAAAUAAAUGGACAAUGUCGCAAUAAAAAUUGUUUAAAAGGGAGAGAGUCGGAAACGACGUACAAUAUAAAAAUAGAUAAGGAUAUAGAUUAAAAUUCGUCACGGCGGUUUGGGCCAUAAGGUUCAAGAGUCAUGGUCUUAUCUAACAAAUAUAGCUUACGGACUGAGUCGGUUGUUCAUUUCAUAGCGCGCGCUAAUCAACGAAUAAAUCACUUUCCAGCGAUUAAAUAUGAAAACCAAUUGCCAACUAACAAUGUUUACACUUAACGAGUUUUUAGUAAGCCUUCGAAUUGUUUUUCUGCAGAUCCCCCUCAUUAGUCAACAAAACCUUAGAGAAACUACAGAGGGUAACAUCAUUUCCCUGAUAUCAAACGAUGUCCAGAGAAUAGAACUGGCUCCCAGAUGGAUUCUAACUUCGCUGUUGGCUGUUUUCGAGUUGGUCGCUGUAAUCUGUUUAGUUUUUUACCUCGUCGGCUGGCAGGCAUUAAUGGGAAUACUAUUCCUGACUGCAUUAAUCCCUCUGGUCAUGAAAAUAUCCUCUAUCUGCGCGCGAUUACGACAAGCGACCGCUGCGGUGACCGAUCGACGUAUUUCACUAAUGAACGAAUUGAUAUCUGGAAUCCGCGCACUCAAGGCGCAUGCGUGGGAAGAAAACUACCGGACUAAGGUGCAAGACGUGAGAAGGUAAGGAAAUGGAAGUCAGGUUUUUGUGGGGACUUAAGGUUUUUUUUUUUCAGGUCAGACGUUCAACUUUCUCUUUUCCAGACUGUCUGUCGCUUUAAGCAUUCAGGAGUAAAAUCACAAAUCUUCUGGAUAGCUGCUAAACAAUCAUCAAGCGUCUCGUUAUUAUUUCUGUUGUCUCAAAGUGCCCGUCACCUAAUUUUUUUUAUUUUCUUAACUGAAACUAUAUCUUAUUGAAAUAACUUCUGCGAAAAAAUUUUGCGAUUUGAACAAAAAGCGAUUUUUUUACCAAUUUUUGAAGUCUACAUUUUUGCAGUACACCCGCGCAGCUGAUCACGCAAACUAGCAGGCUCACAUAUGACGUCAUGUGACGUAAAUUAAGGAACUCGCACUGCCUUGCCUUCAUCAGCUGUACACAAAAAAGAUCAAUUACAAGUAAGGAUUGAAUCACAGUGUGUUCGCAAGAAGAAAGUUUUUCUGAAACAGAAAAACCUAACAGAACUCUUAAUAUUUCCCUGUCGACAAAGUCACGUGUUCCUUAAAGUACGUCAUACUCCGAGAGAAGACUAAGACGAAUGAUGUGCCAAAACUGCGGAAAAUUUGAACGUUUUUAAAAAAUUCGCAAAAAAUCGUCUUUGGUUCAAAUCGCAAAAUUUUUUCGCACACUCAAGUUAUUUUAAUAAGGUGUACUUUCAGAUAAGAAAAUAAAAAAUUUUAGGUGAUGGGCACUUUAACUCUCACCCGCCUCAUCAUCCUUAUCCUAGGAAAGCAACGUUACAAAAAAUGUCUUGGAUGACUUGGAGCCAGCCAUCCUGGUAAUGAGGCUGCUCAUUGGGAACCUAUAUAGCUGGUCAUGAUGAAGUGUUUCUAUACUACUGUUAAACGAAGAAAUUCUAAAGGAAUGUACUUAUUGUUACAGACCUCCUUCCCGAGGAAAAAUGGACCUCUAUGUUCGGGUUUAAGUUAUCUUUUCCAUGCAAAAUUUCCAGGAAUUCCAGAGAAAAAUCUUUUUUGGCCUAAUGAAGUUAUUGGAAAAUCAUGCCAAUUCUUCAGACUGUGCUUCCACAAACGCAUUACAGGGAUUUCAUGCCGAGAAAUCUUGAAAAAAGCCUGAAAUGGAAGAACAUCAGAUUAUUCAUUGGGCCAAAGGAGGCUCCAGUCUCAGAAACUCUGAGUAAUUCCGGGAAGUAUAUGCAUCACAGCUCACUAGAAUUAUAUGCAACUUUUUGGGUCAAAUCUCUUUGUAUAAAAUGCAUUUUAAGAUUUUUCUUGUUACAAUUAAAACUAGACGGUUGUGUGUUUUUUUUAUGUUUCAGGGCUGAAAUUUGGAUUCUCCUUAAAAAGAGUGGCCUGUUGUCGAUAGUUGAGAGUUUACUAUUUACCUCUAGCACCGUGGCAACCUUUUUAGCAAUCUUGACUCUUAUGGCAACUGGACAAAUACUUUCGCCCACAAAAGCCUUCAUGGUACUCUCUUUCAUGAACAUACUUCGAAUAACCUUAUCUCUUCGGUUGGGUAAUGCCAUUCCUUUGAUGUUUGAACUGAUUAUCUCCUUCAGAAGGAUUGAAAGGUUUCUAUUGUUGAGUAACAUCCCUUUAGAUCCUUCAGAAUACAAAAGAAGUUCAAGUGGAAAAGAAAAUGGCUUUCCAGCUUAUGUACAUUUGGAUGGUCAAAUCGUAGUAAGAAAUUGUUCACCAAACAGUGAAUCUAAAUGGUAUCUAAAUGGUAAUUCCGGGAAUCAUUUCGCAAACAAGGAACAAAUGCAUCCUGUUUAUCUAACCAAAGAUAUCCAGCAAUUUAGUGGACUUAAAGAUCGUGGUGUGCACUUGCAAGUUUCAAGGCUCACGUGUAAACUGACUGAUGCUGAGCACCAAGAAAAGUAUCUUAUUCGAGACGUUAGCUUUCAAGCUACUGAGAAAUGCCUUAUUGCUAUUACUGGUGAAGUGGGAAGUGGAAAGUCAACCCUCUUGGCUGCGAUCGCGGGAGAAGUAACUAAAACAAGUGGCGACGUGUCCUGUUCUGGAACUAUGGCUUAUGUUCCCCAAACUGCCUGGGUUUUCCCGGGAAGUCUUCGAGAAAACGUUUUAUUUGGUGAACUAUACGAUGAAAAGAGAUACAAUGAAGUGAUCGAAGCAUGCGCACUUAGGGAGGAUAUAAGCAGGCUUCCAAAUGGUGAUCUUUCGUUUGUUGGUGAGCAUGGGGUCGCCUUGAGUGGAGGGCAGCGGGCACGCAUUAGCUUGGCACGCGCAGUUUACGUUGAUGCAGAUGUGUAUCUACUGGAUGAUCCUCUAAGUGCUGUAGAUGCCAAAGUCAGUGAGCACAUAUUCAAUGAGUGCGUGUGCAGGCUUCUUAAAGAGAAGAUCACUAUUUUAUCGACCUAUGCAGAAAGAAGCAUGAAGGCCGCAACCCAGAUUGUGGUUCUUCAUGACGGCUCCGUAACAGAAACUGGCACCUAUCGUGAAUUAGAAAAUCGCGGUUGCGUCCUGGAAUCUAUCAUAGGGGUCAACGCAACAAUAAACGAAGAAAGGGCUAUUGCCGAAUUAAAAAUUGAAGGUAAAAAAACGCACGUGACGCCCACUUCAACCAGUGGUAGCCUUGACAAUCAUUUAGAGAUCUCAGAAGAAGAAAUGGCCGCAGGGAAUAUUUCAGCAGCAUUGUACUGGGAUUAUUUUAGAGCUGGAAUGCACCCACUUGCGAUUUUUGCUGUGGUUAUUCUUUUCCUAGUUGUCCAAGGUUAGUAUAACUGAUCUUGAAUAGUGACUUCUACCUGAGCAAAGCACGACCAAAAUUCUGCAGAACAAUUAUUAGAGCUAAUCUCAAAAGACAAAGGCAAUCCAAUCAAACUAUCAGAAUUCGUAGCAAAAGCGCUGCCUCCUCCACAGGUUUUCCCAAGGCUAAGUGGGAAGCACGGAACAAGGAAGAAGGGAGUGCUGAAACAAACUAAUCUUGUAACCAGAUCUCACUCUGUUUUACCUUGGCCGUGGGAGAUCUGGGUACGAGAUUAGAAACAAACCAGAAGCGCGAGAGGGGUAUGAUGGGAACUAGGUCAGAUUAUAUCAAAUUUCCCUCAAAAGUGAUCGUGAGCGACUGAACCGAGGCAAGCGAAAUGCUUUAGUCGGGGUCAAACGCAGUGAAACGUACGUGAUCAGACCGCCGCGAAUUGCUUUAGGGUUCACGUCCUGUUGGUUAAGGCCGAAUGCAAAGUAAAUCAGUGCCAAAAUUACUUCGAGAAGUCAUUGAAUCACUCACUAAUUUGUAUCCCACUUAAAUGCUUGCGGACAAUGCCAAGAUAUAAAGACUAAACAUGGAUUACUCUUUCUUCUCCCGUAGCUGUUAUGGUGUCUCCAAAUGUCUGGCUUUCGCAUUUGUCAAAGAUGGCGCAGAACAAACAAGAUAUGACCUCAACCCCCUUACGUAUUUAUGCUGGGUUCACCUCCGCUGCGUUUAUAUUUGCCAUCAUCCGUGCUUGUACUUUCUUCUACAUUUCCCUCAGGUCCGCUGAAAAGCUCCACAAUAAAAUGGUAACCAACGUUCUUCAAGCUCCGGUGUUGUUUUUCGACACAAAUCCUGCAGGACGAAUUUUAAACAGAUUCUCCAAAGACAUCGGAGCAAUUGACGAGCUUUUGCCCAAAAUGUUUCUGUUGGCUUCUCAGUCGCUCUUGUUUGUGUUCACCGCAGCUCUCUUGCCAUCGUUUACAAGUUUCUGGGUCUUUUUAGUUACAGUUCCCAUAUUUAUGACUUUUGUAUUUCUGGCAUGGUACUACUUGAAGACUUCACGGGAUCUAAAGAGACUAGAGUCAAUCUGCCGCAGUCCUGUCUUCUCACACUUUUCAGAGACCAUAGCUGGCUUGGACACAAUACGAACUCGAAAAAGAGAAAAGUACUUCAUCGAGCACCUUUAUCAGUAAGUGUAAUAGCAAUGGUUGGGAGUACUGCUCUUGUAGCCACAAUUCAGUCUAACAAGUUAAAAGAAAUCCACUUUAAAGGAAAUUUGGAAAUGGCAAUCUAAUUUGUUGACAAUCUUUGCUUUAAAUUUCUUGAAACAUGAUUGGCUGGUCAUUUGAGAAGUUACAGUGUAAAUGAAACACUAAGAAAGAGUGUCUCGUUUGAUAUUCAAACAACUGAGGUCAAUUUUAAAAACUUGGCUGCCUCUUCUUUUCCGAACUGACCUUUCGUUUUCGGGACGUCACCCCUUCUAGUGUCUGAUUCUUUACUUUGUUUGACAUUCAGUAAAUCUUUCUUUUGUUCAAUCACUCAUGUAUGCACCCGUCGGUGUCAAGACGGAAGGUAACGCAGCGAGUGGUCAACGCAUCGAACUCGCAACCAGGCUGUCCCUGGUUCGAGACCCUCUCUGAGCACUAGCUGGAUUUGUCUCUCAGUCAUCCAGAGUCACGUAGUCGGGCAUGCUUGGGGAUCUCAGUCCUUUUAAAUCCCAGUUUCUAUCUAUUUGGAAUACUUAUUUGAGUGGUACGUGUAGACUAGAUGAAAAAGAUGAGUCCACUUACAGUAUGAACAAAGCAAUUACCAUUCUUUUUUUCCUGUUUGUCGCAGAGAAUAUAUUCGACGAAAGGGAUCACAGCUAUGUUAAACUUUCUACAAUUUUUUUUCCUUUUUCUCAGACAUCAAGAUGUACACAACCGAGUGUUUUCCAUGGUAUUAGCUAGCAGUCGGUGGCUUGGCGUAAGAGCUGAUGCCCUAUGUUCAGUUUUAAUAACUUCAGUGGCUUUGAUGGUAGUUUUUCUCUUCCAAAAUCCAGGUAUGGUCCUAUACGACGGGUGAUUUUACAACCUUUGCCCCUUUCCAAAUCUAAGUAAGAGCAAUAACCGCAUCUCUAAAUUAGCAUUUCAGCAGUAACUAUAUCAAAAAUCAAUAAGGACGACAUUUUUCGCUCUGAGGAUGCGGCGCUUUUUCGAUUUUACAAGUGAAUAACUUAAAUAAUAUUUACCUUCUGUUGCAGCAAUAGCUGGCCUCGUCCUUGUCUACGUUAUUGAAACAUCUAACAUGUCCCAAUAUGCCGUGCGACAAUUUUCAGAGGUUGAGAAUCUCAUGACAUCAGUCGAACGAGUCAUGGCCUACUCCAGCAUCGACUCAGAACCAGGAUACAAAAUAAAAACACUCCCACCAGCAACUUGGCCUUAUAGUGGUCAAGUAACAUUCAGAAAUGUUUUCCUGAGGUAUUAUCCAGGUGGACCACAAGUGCUGAAGAAUCUAACCUUUACAGCUCAAGGGAGAAGGAAGCUGGGAAUUGUUGGGCGAACAGGAGAUGGAAAAUCAUCCAUUAUAGCGGCUCUUUUGCGCAUGCCGGAAGCUGACGGGGAGAUAUGUAUAGAUGGUGUCCCUGUAAAUAGCAUCCAACUGCGGGAAUCGAGAAGAUGCAUUUCUGUUCUCGGCCAAUCGCCUGUCCUCUUUAGUGGGUCACUCAGAAGGAACCUCGAUCCUUUGGAGCAACACAGAGAUGAUGAGCUAUGGAAUGUUCUGGAAGAAGUGAAACUUCAUAAUUUGGUAAAAAAUCUGCAGGGCCAACUUGACUACGAGCUUUUAGGAAGAGGCGAAAACCUGAGUGUUGGUGAACGACAACUAGUCUGCUUGGCUCGCACGUUACUGCAACAAAGUAAGAUCGUCAUCUUGGAUGAACCGACUGCUCACGUGGACCCCAACACGGAAAGGAUCAUCUGGGGUGCAGUGUACGAGAAGCUAAAAGAUUCCACCAUCAUUACCAUAGCUCAUAGACUGAACACGAUCAAAGACUGUGAUACAAUCUUAGUGCUUAGAGAGGGCCAGGUGGCUGAGAUGGACACCAUUGAAUCACUUCUUGGACGGGAGGGGGGUAUUUUUUAUAACAUGGCCGCGUCUCAAAAUUUUUGCUAUUAGAGCGUCUAUUAAUCAAACAUAUACUCUACUGAGGUCUAUUUCAGCCAAUAUUUAGCCUUUUGGAACCAAAGACUGAUUAAGCCUCUAAAUGAGUCACUUAAAUAUAAGUUAGGCCAAAAUAGCGCUAUCAGGACAGAGCUAUUUCAAAUGGAUAAUAGGACUGUAGUGUUGCCUCGGAGGUGAGCAACAUCUAGGUUGUGUGGGGACUGAGACACAAUAAAUUGGCUUGUCAAAGGACUUGAAAAACUAAAAAAUUGGCCACCGUUUAGAGAUUGGGAAGCUAACCCUGCAGCCCAUUCUGAGACACAUUUCAGUCUUUUGGGUGCAUUAGCUCUUGCAUGUUAUUUUGAGAAUUACUUAACGGUUGCUUUCCUUGGGGAUCAUUAUUCCCAUCUAGUGUAUUGAUUACCAGUUCCACCUAUUAUAAAACAGCAGUCUCUUUCCAUGUGAUAUGUGCAAAGCAAAUUGCGUGCGCCACUCCAGACAUUCUCAUCAGUGCAUUGUUGAGCAACAAAAUUCGGUGAUCGGUAAUAUAAUUGAAACUCAUAGCAACACUGAAAAAUAAAUCAGUUUCGUAUUUUAAGAAAUUGCUAAAGAAAAUUUGGUUGCCUUUACUUUUCUAAAUCAUUGAAAUGGUUUUAAGUUAUAUUUUUAAUAGUUAGCAAAUUAUAGCAAGACUUUUCAAAAAGUCGCUUCUUAUGGACAGUACGCUCCAACGGUUGUACUUUAAUGGGUUCAGAUUUUAUGGUCGAGCCAAACUUCUUGAGGGAAAUCAUCUGCCUUAAUUACACGAGUUGAAAUUUUCACAAAGUAUCAUCUCAAAUUUUGCUUUAGCGA